GUUAGUUUUAUACUGAUUGCUGCUGAUUCAACGCAUUUCUAAUUUCUAAAUUGCAAUUUAUUUCAUUAUCAAGAAUACAUGCUGAUAUUUAGUGGAAAUGGAUUCAUUUGACUUAUUUUAUCUUACACCACUGCAUUUGGGUUGAAUCUGUCAAAUGUAUUAAUUGUAGUAUUGUCUAAAGAAGGCGUAUUUGACUAAGAUUAUGUUGCAGAUAGUAUGUGUAUAUUACUUUAUUAUUGUUAUACUGAUGUGUUUGUCUACUUUUAUAGCGGAUCCCUUGUCUUAUUCUCGUUAUUAGUUACUUUUUAUAUUUUUAUGUGCUAAUAAUUGAUCGAUUCAGUUUAUGGCUAUUACUUAGCUCCCUUUCCAAGUUAGGUGACGAGUGACAGAACUGAUUACAUUGAUUUUUUUUAAUAAACUUUGCGUUAACUUAUUUUACCUUCAAAUAUGUCUUUCUAGCUAGUGAAAAGAAAGAUUGAUCGUCGUUAAUUUUCAACACGAUCUGUUUCUAAAUCGAUUAUAAGUUUGUAACAGUUGUCAAGCUAAUAGGAAGUGACGUCAGACUGCGUUUCGGCUUUGUUUCUAGUUUAUUGUUGUAAGUCACAUGGAAGCUCCACUUUGUUACAGUUGUCAACCAUACUGAAACUGAUACUAGUGAUUUUUUUUUUUUUUUUUUUUUUUUUUUUUUUUUUUUUUUUGUAUAUUUAUUUUGUUUUAAACAGUUUCUCUCAGAAAUAAGCACACAUGGCAGUUUGUUUCCUAACACUUUUUCAACGAUGACGUUCCACCUCAUUCAUGUCUUAAAACUGUGAAACUUCUAAAUAAUUUUACUUUAUAACUUUCGUCAGUGUUCUUAAGCCAGUUAUGGGUUUGUUAUACACUGAAUAAGUAAACAUUCCAAGUGAUGUCUCAGCAUGGCGUUUACAAACUUGAAAACAAGUUUAAUUCAACUUUGUUGCUGAAGCUUCUUUCCUUCUCUAUGUCUGAUCUUUGAAAUAGAAGUUAAAUUGGAUGUUAAGCAUCAUACAAAGUCAAUAUUUUGCAGGUGGAAUUAGUAAGACGACUUAAAAAGAUUUAAACAUUUCUAUGACUGUCUAAUUCCAGUAGUCACAGUUUUGGCUUCAUGUGUUCCUCUGCUUAUAAACAAAAAGACACAAAAAAAAAUGGUGAUGCUUGUUCAUUUUUAAACUCACACCCUUUUUAUUUAAAUGCUCCCAAUUUCCCAUUCAAAAUGAAUACACCACAUCAUCACCAUCAUCAUCAUUAUAAUAUGCCACCUAAUCAUCAAAUGAAUUUUGAUAUUUGUAAUCACAGCAGUAACAACAACAGCAACAACAACAGCAACAACUGUACUGCUUCCACAAAUAAUUGUCGGAAUAAUGCUAAAAAGCUUUUACCUCCUAUUGAUCAUCAUCAACAUCUCAAUCAUUUAAUGCCAAAAAAUAACAAUGGUCGACAGAAAACUUUCCAACAAAACAGGAAAUCUUCUACUACACCUUUACCAAUAUUAACUACAACAGCAAUAACUGCAGCAGCAGCAACAACAACAACAACUACAACAACAGCACCUUCAAAUGUUACUAGUAAGAAAACUGCUUUGACAUCAUCAGUAGCUACACCACUAGCAACACUUCCCAUGGCAACUACAGCUCUAACAAAUAAAAGUAUUCUUCCUUUCUCUAUGCUGACUCCACCAUCAGAGAAAGCCAAAGACAAACCAUAUAAGUGUGAGACGUGUCGCAAGGCGUUUUCCCGACAAUCAAAUCUAUCUCACCAUGAAGAAACUCCAGCAGAACGUAAACAUUUCCAUUGUACCUACUGCUGGAAAGCAUUCCCUGUGCGUGCCCGUCUUCGUGACCAUGAACGUUCUCAUACAGGGGAGAAACCUCAUAAAUGCCCCGUCUGCCCCAAAGCGUUUAGUCAUCAAACUAACUUGAAAAAUCAUCUGAGAGUUCACUCAGGGGAAAGACCAUUUGUAUGUGGAAUGUGUGGUAAACGUUUUAGUCAUCUAACCAAUCUACGUAAUCAUGAGAGGACUCAUACUGGAUUAAAACCAUAUAUCUGUGGUCACUGUGGAAAGGGUUUUGGCCACAUGACUAAUUUGAAAAACCAUCGUCGAACGCACACUGGAGAAAAACCAUUUGUUUGCACUCAUUGUGGUAAGGCUUUCAGCCAUCAGACCAACUUGAAAAACCAUCAGAAAACCCAUGCAUCUCUAGAAAAUUAUGUAAUGCUUGUAGGUCAGUCCAGUGCCUCUAACACUGUAGAAGAGCUCGAAAGACUUUCUGCAGCAGCUGCUGGUGCCUUGAUGCAAGCUUCUGAUAAUUCUGAACGACUACAAGCUGAUUCAAGAGUGUCAAUGUCUGAUUCAAGGGUGUCAAUGUCUGAUUCAAGGGUGUCAAUGUCUGAUUCAAGGGCAUCAAUGUCUGAUUCAAGGGCGUCAAUGCCUGAUUCAAGAGUGUCAAUAUCUGAUUCAAGAGUGUCGAUGCCUGAUUCAAGAGUGUCGAUGCCUGAUUCAAGGGCACCAAUGUCAGAUUCAAGGGCAUCGAUGUCUGAUUCAAGGAUGUCAAUGCCCGAUUCAAGGGUGUCAAUGUCUGAUUCGAGGGCGUCGAUGUCUGAUUCCAGGAUGUCAAUUCCUGAUUCAAGAGUGUCAAUGUCUGAUUCAAGGAUGUCGAUGUCUGAUUCAAGGAUGCCAUUGUCUGAUUCAAAUAUGAAAGAACAACAAAAGGAGCAACCAAGAGAUACCCAAUUAACGUGGCAGCCACCAUCUACUCUUUCUUCAUCUAACAUUGCUUCCAAUUCAGUUGCUGCACGUACAGUUGAAGAAUUGCAACAGUUAUCUUCAUUAUCUUCAGCAAGUGCUUCAGCUGCACGAACUGUUGAAGAAUUGCAAAAGCUAUCUUCACUAUCCAAUUCAUCAACAAUUACACCUUUAUCUUCACCACCUGCCUCCAGUGUACACAUGCCUACACUAGAACAUAUGAAGCAUUCUCAGUCUUCUAGACGUAUGACAGAGACACCUCAUAGGUUUACCCCAUCAAAUGUUUGCCAAGCAGCAGAAGACUUUAACAGAAUGCCUCCACAAACUUCAGCAGCGACUAAUCGCAUGGUUGAAGAACUUCACAGGUUAUCUGCACAAUCAUCUAUACUUAGAAUGCAACCCUUAAACAAAAUUAAGGAUUCUCGUCCAAACUAGUCAGCAGAAAAUUAUCGAAUAAAAUCUCGCCACAAAUUGUGGAUAUCUUCACUUUUAUUUUUUUAAGACUUCAUGUCACUGGUCUCUAUUGAGGUUUUGAUGGUUUUAUUUUAUCAAUUUAUGUAGACAAUUACUCAUAAAUUAUCCACUCGCUUUCUGAUUUUUUUUUUUUUUUUAAGAUUUUCUCUUUAGAGAAAAAUAAGCCCUUCAAAGUUUUGAAGCUAAAUAACUUUAUUUUGUUUUUAUUUCUUGAUAUUGUGCAAAUACUAAGAUUAUUAAAAAAAAUCUAAACAAAAUUUUAAUCUGAUGAUAACUAUUAUUGAUUUUAUGAUUUAUGAAAUAUAUUUUCACAUUUGACAUAUAUGCAAUAUUUAUUGAUACAGCCUUUUUACAAUCUGAAAUUCGUAGAAAACCAUACUAUACAUUAAUAAAUCUUGACCUAUUGAAUUAAGGCUUUUUGACUCUCAGUCUGUUUAAAUGGGUAUUGGUUGUCACUGGAAGUUAGAACAGUUGAAGGAUUAAUCUACUUGCACCAAAGAUAUGAAAAUUAUACAGAAAUAAGACCAUCAGUACUUGUCCUCUUAUCUUGUAUGUUUCAAAUGUGGCCAGUUCAAUCAUAUCAGCUUACAAUGGGACAUAUUUUUAACAAACCAAAAAAAUAUUUUUAGUUUUACAUCAGAGCUAUCCUUCUAAAGGUAGCCAUCAUUCUAAAGAAAGCUAACCAGGCUGUUGUACCAAUGUUGAUUCUUAUAAGUUCCAAACCUUGUGACAUGACUAUUGAGUGUGAUAGUACACUUGAUGGACUAUGCAAAUUAGAAGUAUUUUUUUAGAUUUGUAAAUGUUUAAUAAUUAAGAAAAAUAUUAAAAUAAUUAUUGAAUAAAGAUAAGUUUCAACAAUGUGAA